AUGAACAAUCCUUGGCGACCAGCUGCAGCUCAAAUUCCAAAUGCCGAUUCUGCGGCUUCCAAUUCCUCGUCAUUUCCUAGUGAUCGUCUUGCUGCUAAAAAUCUUCCCAUUACCGUGGGAAUUGUCGCUUCUCGUAUUUCAUUUCUUCAAAGGCUUGCGGGCAACCAAAAAAAUAAGUCACCACCCAAAACACCUCCUGAAUUUCCACAUACAAGAUCGAUAUCGAAUACAAGACGAGAGAGGAGCAAUAGGUCACCUCCUCAAUCAAGGCCACCGUUAAACAGGAGAAGAGAACAUUCUCGUUCUAGCUUCGGUCGUCGACCAACUAACAUCUUUGGAAAUCCAGCUUCUCGAAAUUCGCAACCAAAUGAACAACUUCACACUGGGACGAAUCAUUCCUUCUUGGGUUUACAAACAACGAGAUUGAAUCAUGACGAGGGCCAUGCUAGAGCUGAUUAUAGAGGUACACCACGGAUCGAUGGAUGUAUUGGGCCUCCACCGGGUGGUUUGCGUGGCAUGGUUCAAGCAGACGCUCCUACUAGUGGGUGGGCUCCCAUCAUCGAAUCGUUAAAAACGCCGAACAAAAGUCGCAAUCAAAAGACUCCUCGCCACAAAGUUGAUAUUCACAGAGGCUUUCAGCGUUUAAAGGACACUUUUAUGUCGACACAAUUGCCACCGACCCCUCAAGUUUCUAACAAACAAAAUAGGGUAUCGAGUCCCCAUCGCCAAAAGAAAUUACCACACCAAUGUGAGCUGGCCAAUUCCGAAACAUCUGUACACACAACAUCAACACUUCGACGGCAAAGCGUUCGGGAUUUGUUUGAUACAUACAAUAUUGAAAGACCAGUUGGACUUGCCUCAUCCGAAGUGGUGCAUGGAGUCAAUAAAUCUCAGAGACAUCGAGUCUGUCAUCUGUGUAUGUGGAUUCAUGAUAAGAACGAGAACACCUGUUGGAAAUGUGGGCAUCGGCUAUGUAAAGCUUGUGAUAGACUGUUACCGUCUUCAAAGGGAGGCAAAGAUGUGAACUUUGAUUACAAUCAAGUUCUUUCUGGCACUCGACCGGAGCCAUUGAAAACAGGCCCUUAUAUAACAACACCUCGACCAGCAAGAGGGCAAAUAACAAAACUGUUGAGGCCAUUACCGCUUCCAUCAGAAACGGUCAAGAAAGUUGACCAACAGUUCAUUCCGACAGAACCUUUUCCUCCAUUCUACCCUAAGAAAUCGCCACCACAGAACAGUCCGAAAGCCGGACAUGGCCCAACUUCAGCACCCGGUAGACUUUUACAUUCAUGUCCUGGUAUUUACAUACCUGAAUAUUCUCGAAAGCUCAUGUCUAAACCUGAUGACGCCUCUCAACCACAACGCUUACAUUCUAUAACGGAGUCUUUGUGUCAACACAUCACCAACGAGCAUAGAUCAGAAUCACAGUCAUCGCAAAUGUAUGAUUGCAGAUGCGAUAGUUGUCAAGCUAUUGAUGAUGGAAGCUUUAUCUGUCGACACCCCACCUCUCCCUCACUGGCCCGAAGUGAUGAUGUGGUAGCUAUGAAUGGUGGCUACACAACUGAUAAUGGCAACAAUGAGAAUAUUUAUCGCUCUCGAUCUCAUCCUAACCCUUCUAAAUUUGUAGAUUCCUCCACGAGAUUACACCGACUAUUGAAAGGAUCCAUCCAUCGAUCAACACAACUCUGCCAUGAUUCUGACCAUCGUGAAAUUCCUCGGACUUCCAUGAGAUCAUGCCAGUUCGCAGGUCCAGUACAUCGAAACACACAGCUUAGCCAUGAACUGGAUCAUGAAGAUCACGCAAAGACCACAAGGCCUUCGACGGAUUCAUACCGCGUUUUGAAUCGAUCGACAUAUCGACCAACACAACCCAAUUAUGAAUCAGAUCACAUAGAAGACUCCAAACUCCUAGACAACUUCUACCCGUUUUUCAACGGACCAAUACGCGGAGCGGUACAAUCAAAUAAUAGGUCAGACUAUGUUGAGUGCCGUGGUUAUCCUCGAACUGGUCAUGGGCAUUGCGACCGUAGUCCUGUUGAUUCGGGCAUUUUGGGUGACUGUCAACACUGCUUGGAUGAUUGUGAGUGCUCUGCAUGCCAGAGUACCGUUCAUAGUGUUCGGUGUUGCACAAAUGAGGUUCAUAAACCUAUGAUUCAUCUUCAUCGUAGUCCGGCAAAAACCUCACUCAAUGCUUCAAACGUUUCGGAUAUUGGUCAUAGCAGUUUAGAACAGAAGCGGAAACCUUACAUAUUAUCUCGUUCUCAAACCUAUGAUCGUUCAACACUUCAUAAGUACGACAAUGUUUCGGAAUGGCUAGAGAGUCCCGAUGAUCUUUCACUUCAAAGACCUGACAGCCCCAUAGUUACUCCGACCAAGGCUGUUCACGCAUCAAAAGCCGUUCCAUCCAUUGCUGUCGGAAAGGCUAGUAAUUCGUCAUCGAUACCUCAGACUCAAUCAACCUGUGCCCCAUCAUUAGGACCGAUGAUAUCAAAUGAUACCGUACCAUUAAUCAAGAAAGCUCUCAACCAAGUUUCACAAGAUGCCGUCUCGAAAGCAGGUAUAAACCCAAAUCGUGCAUCUUCCAGUGAUGGCACCAAGGAUCAAUCUAUGGCACCCGUAAGAUCAAGUAGUCGAUUCCCCACAAACUCUUCCCCAGGCUAUUUCGCAUCUAAUCCCUGGCGACAGCAAGAAGCUGUGAGUUUCCCAAGAAGUUAUUCUUUUUGGAAGCAGAUGUCAAACUCUCCAUUGCAACAAGUAUCCAGACGUUCAACUGAUUGUGAGACAUCAGAUGUUUGUGGGCAAUCGGAAUGGGCUGAACAGAGGCUAAAGAGUUCUGAAUCUAUUUCACGGCAAAAAUCAAAAGGAAGAUUCGAACAAGAACAGGUGAGAAAAAAGGUUCAUCAAUGGGAAGAUAGGAGGUCGGAGACUAGGCGAGGAAGAGAUACAAUUAUUACCACUACAAGUGAGAUGGCAACACCUAGUGGAGGGUAUUUCGAUGCACAUAUGAGGCGGUGUUCUAGUGGGAGUGUACAGAAAAAGCGUUAUGAGGUACAAGGGGGUAUGGGAUCAAUUGUGGAGGAAGAUGGGGAAGAGGAAGUUGUGGACGAUGAUGAUGAUGAUGAUGAUGUGACACACGAUUGUAUUUGGAGGAGGGCGAUGGAUAUUGAUGAAGGGGGUAGAUAUCAUGAAUCUAGGGAUGAAGGACCUGGUGGAACAGAGGGUAUAGGUGUUGUAAAGGGGGUUACGGUUUUGAUUCAUAUGGAGAUUGGUGAGGAUUUGGUGCUGAGGACGAAUAUGGAGGGUGAAUUGAGUUGGGAGGGUUUGGAUAGGUUAAUGAGAAUUGGCAGGGGGGUUGGAGGGAUACGUUGA